AUGAGUACUUUCCCAGUCACUGCUGAUGAGAUCGUGUUUGUGGCAUUCAGUUUUCCUCCUGAGGAAGCCCCAGGAAAAACAUUGGUGGUCGAUGCAGCCGAUGGACACAAAACUCACUUCUCUCAACAGACCAUGCUGAACAAAGGACUUAGCAAGUCUAUGGGAUUUCUGUCCAUUAGAGGAACACAAGGCGAGGAAGAGUUUUUCCAGGGCAUUUCCGCAGAUUACAGCUUGGGACAGGAAGAUGUUUUCUGUCCUCAUAGAUGUAAAACCAGUGAGUUUGAAAAAAAAGGUCACCUUCAUACUGAUGUCACUCCCAAGCGGAAAGUAUGGGCUUCCUCCACAGAUUUGCUUUGCACAUCUGACAAGGCAGCUGAGAGGGACCAUGCUGGAGGCUCUCACAGGCACAACCAUCAGUGUGAAACAUUUACAGUACGGACUUCUACUACUACCAGAAACAAGGAAGCAAGAUACUCCGAUGGAAGUAUAGCACUGGAUAUCUUCGGACCACAAAAACUGGAUCCAACACACCAUGGGCCUGAGACAUCAACCUCUGCAGCAAUAUCAAGUGCCUUCGACAGGAUAAGAGAGAGACAGAAGAAGUUGCAGCUUCUGAGGGAAGCUAUGAAUGUAGAAGAGCCCUUGAGAAGGUACAAAUCUUACCACAGCGACGUUUAUAGUACUUCGAGUGAAAGUCCAUCUGUCAUUUCUUCUGAACCAGAUUUCAGGCAAGUGAGAAGAAAUGAAGGUUUCAAGAGAGAUGAUGCCAGUGGUGCUUUGCCAGGUGCUGACGAUAUCUCCACAUCAAGUCAAGCUAAUUCUCAGAGGGCAAGGCAACAUGAAGCACCAUUUGAAGCCAAUCUAAUAAGUCAAGAAGUGAUGUUAAAGCGUCAGGAAGAAGAAAUGAUGCAAUUGCAAGCUAGAAUGGCUCUCAGGCAGUCCCGGCCUAACCUCUACCCAGGAGAUGCAAUUAGGUCGUCAAUGCUUGACAUCACCAGAGAUCCUCUGAGAGAAAUAGCCCUGGAAACAGCCAUGACACAAAGAAAACUGAGGAAUUUCUUUGGCCCCGAGUUCGUGAAAAUGACGAUUGAACCAUUCGUUUCCUUGGAUCUCCCAAAGUCUAUCUUGACUAAGAAAGGGAAGAAUGAUGACACCAGGCGAAAAGUAAAUGUGAUGCUUCUCAGUGGGCAGAAGCUGGAGCUGACCUGUGAUACCAAAACGAUAUGUAAAGAUGUCUUUGAUAUGGUCGUUGCCCAUAUUGGCUUGGUGGAGCAUCACUUGUUUGGAUUGGCUACUUUAAGAGACAAUGAAUUUUUCUUCGUUGAUCCUGACAUCAAGCUAAGUAAAGUAGCUCCAGAAGGAUGGAAAGAAGAACCGAAGAAAAAGAACAAGCCCCCUGUCAACUUCACUCUGUUUUUUCGCAUAAAGUUUUAUGUGGAUGAUGUCAGUCUUAUACAGCAUACGCUGACCUGUCACCAGUAUUAUCUUCAGUUGCGGAAGGACAUCUUGGAAGACAGGAUGCACUGUGAUGAUGAGACAGCCUUAUUAUUAGCAUCCCUAGCUCUCCAAGCUGAGUAUGGAGAUUACCAAGCAGAGGUGCAUGGCAUGUCAUAUUUCAGACUAGAACACUAUGUCCCAGCUAGAGUGAUGGAGAAACUAGAUGUGUCCUACAUCAAGGAAGAGCUGCCAAAAUUGCAUAGUGCUUACGUAGGUGCAUCUGAAAAAGAGACAGAGUUAGAAUUUUUGAAGUUGUGUCAGAGGCUCACAGAAUAUGGAGUUCAUCUUCAUCAUGUGUUGCCCGAGAAGAGAUCCCAAACAGGUAUCCUUCUGGGAGUGUGCUCCAAAGGAGUUGUUAUUUUUGAAGUUCACAACGGUGCCCGCACACCUGUACUACGCUUCCCUUGGAGAGAGACAAAGAAAAUAUCCUUUAGUAAGAAGAAAAUAACUUUGCAGAACACGUCAGAUGGUAUCAAGCAUUCAUUUCAGACUGACAAUAGUAAGACUUGCCAGUACCUUUUGCAUCUCUGCUCUUCCCAGCAUAAGUUCCAACUACAGAUGAGAACCAGGCAGAGCAACCAAGACACUCAGGACAUCGAAAGGGCGUCAUUUAGGAGCCUAAAUCUUCAUGCAGACUCUGUCAAAGGUUUCAACAUGGGACGAGCAAUCAGUACUGGUAGCCUGGCCAGCAGCACUUUGAACCGACUUGCCGUUCGACCUCUGUCUGUUCAAGCAGAGAUUCUGAAGAGGCUGUCCUGCUCUGAGCUGUCGCUCUUCCAGCCGCUUCCUGGCUCUUCAAAAGACAAGAACGAAAAGACUCCGUGGGAGGAAAGACCCAGGGUUAUGAGCAAGUCAUUUCAUGAUCUGAGUCAGAGCCACAUCUCAGUUUACCCCCCAAGGAAAAAUAUAAUUACUGCUUUGGACUCUUCCCCCCAAAAAAUAGAAGAUAUAAUGGGCAGAGUCUUCCAGCAAAUGCCAAAAUUUGAUACCGGAUCAGCAGCAGGAGCACUAAAACUGAGCAAUUCAAAAUCUCAUGCAGGUUUGAGUAGAAGCCCUGAAAGAAAGAAAAACGAAUCAGACUCAUCAUCCGUUGAAGAUGCCGGUCAAGCCUAUGUUGUAGGCGUUAGCAUGAAUACUUCGGGAAAUCUUCCAUCAUCGACGCUGUUAAAAGAGAGCAUUGACUCUCUGCAAACACCACAGAACAGAGUUGCCUCACCAGAAAGAGAGAUCACUUUGGUGAACUUGAAAAAGGAUGAAAAAUUGGGUUUAGGCUUUCAAAUAGUAGGUGGAGAGAAGACGGGGAAACUUGAUCUGGGAAUUUUUAUUCAUUCAGUUAUUCCUGGAGGGCCAGCUGAUUUGGAAGGAUCUCUAAAACCAGGACACCGACUAAUAUCCAUAAACAGCACAAGUUUAGAAGGUGUCAGCCACCAUGCAGCAUUAGAAAUUUUGGAGAAUGCACCUGAAGACGUGACGCUUGUUAUCUCUCAGCCCAAGGACAAGCUGUCCAAAGUGUCGUCUAACGCUACACACAUCAGUAAUGGAACCAGGGCUUAUUUAAGGAGGCCAUCGUCCGUGCAGGACAAUGAGGCAGAGUCCUCUUCAGAAGAACACAACCGGUCCCGUGGUCACCAGAGGCCUGUUUCAGGGAGUUUGUCUGGUUUGUCGGGAGGCAAGCGGGAUGGAAGCAUGAGCUCCCAGGAUUCCAGAACUGAGAGUGCCAGCCUGUCUCAGAGCCAGACAGCCAGCUGCUUUGGCAAACGUGCAAGUGGUAGAGCCCAGCAGGAUCCUCAGCAUUACAGUGAUUCCCAGUCUGGGCUUUCUAAAAUGGAUGAGAAGAGAAGAUCCUCAUCUGACAGUACUCGAGCAAAAAAUAAAAGGCCUGGGGUGGUGGAAUCUGUGGAAUAUUCUGACCGAGGGGAUUCUGAUAUGGAUGAAGCAACUUAUUCCAGCAGCCAGGAGCAACAGCCAGCUAAAAAGGAAUCUUCCUCAGCAAAUACAGCAAACAAAAUGAAUUCUAAAAAGGUUUCUGCAACACUUCUUAAACCUGGAGAUAUCUUUGAGGUUGAACUAGCCAAAAAAGAUAACGGCUUGGGAAUAAGUGUCACGGUACUGUUUGACAAGGGCGGUGUAAAUACUAGCAUAAGGCAUGGCGGUAUUUAUGUUAAAGCGAUUAUUCCUGAGGGAGCAGCCGAAGCAGAUGGCAGAAUAGAAAAAGGUGACCGUGUGCUCUCUGUCAAUGGGAUUAGUUUGGAAGGCGCUACCCAUAAGCAAGCUGUUGAAACACUGAGAAAUACUGGGCAGGUGGUGCACCUGCUGUUGGAAAAAGGUCAGCUUUCAGUGGCCAAGGUUCAUGCUCCAGUAACACCACAAUGCACACCUCCAAAUCAGGUGGGGCAAUGUGAGCCACAGGAGAAACCGGUGACAAAAACUACAAAUGCCAAAGAUUACAGCUUUGUCACUGCAGAGAACACAUUUGAGGUAAAGCUGUUGAAGAAUAGCUCAGGCCUUGGGUUCAGUUUCUGCCGUGAAGAUAACCUUACCCCAGAGCAACUGGGCUCAACUAUUGUGAGGGUGAAAAAGCUCUUCCCUGGGCAGCCCGCUGCGGAAAGUGGGCAGAUUGAAAUUGGGGACGUCAUUCUGAAAGUGAAUGGGGCAUCACUAAAGGGUUUAUCCCAGCAGGAAGUCAUCUCUGUGCUGAGGGGAACAUCUCCAGAAGUCUCUCUCCUCCUUUGUCGACCACCAUCUGGUAUCCUACCAGACAUCGAUCCCUCUUUGUUGACUCCCAUCCAUUCACCCCAGCAAGUAUUUCCAGAUGUCAGCAGAGAAGCUUCGGGUCCAUCAAAUGGAGAACAAGGCGACAGCUCAGAUGAAAAUGAAGCUGUUGAUCUGAGCGCGAAAAGGCUAAAAUCUCCCUCUAGAAGAGACAGCUACAGUGACAGCAGCAGGAGUGGUGAUGAGGAGGUGGUAGACUCCCCAGCACAGGUGGGCCUCGGCUGGAGUCCUGCGCUGUGCCAAACGUCAGGUGAAGCUGUGACACAGGCACGCAGUCAGUAUGCGGUACGCAGUGGUCAGGAGGAGGCUGUUCGCACCAUGUUGUGCUCUGAUCAGGAGGCUCUGAGCAAGUCAGAGCCUGAGAACAGUGAUUUUCCAUUGGAUUUGCCAUUGAUCCCAAGCUGUAGAACUGUUCCUGAUGUUACCACAUCCGUUUUAAUAAAUGACUGUUACGCUACUCCUGCUUCUGAGCUGACUCCGCACCUGGGAGGAAUGGAUUCAUUACUCAGCCAGCUGGAAAAAAAUACUGAAGAAUAUGAGCCAGAAGUAGAGCUCCGAGUCACUAUGACAAAGUCAGAAAAGGGUAGUCUGGGUUUUACAGUGACCAAAGGUAACGAUAACGUGGGCUGCUACAUUCAUGACAUUGUUCAGGAUCCUGCCAAAAGUGAUGGGAGACUACGACCUGGAGACCGACUGAUAAAAGUUAAUGACAUCGAUGUCACUAACAUGAGUCAUACUGAUGCGGUAAACUUCCUCCGCGCUGCCCCAAAGACUGUCAGAUUGGUGCUGGGGCGUGUAUUGGAGGUACCCAAGAUGCCAGUGUCGCCUCAUUUACUGCCUGAUAUUACACUCACGUGCCAUAAGGAGGAGCUAGGUUUGUUGUUAUCAGGAGGUCACGACAGCCUUUACCAAGUUGUGUAUGUUAGUGACAUUCUCCCCAAAUCAGUUGCUGCCAGAGAGGAGAGUCUCCAUGCACUAGAUGUUAUCCAUUACAUUAAUGGAGUAAGCACACAGGGAAUGACUCUGAAAGAAGCCAAAAGAAUGCUGGAAACAUACCUUCCGACAGUGGUGCUCAAAGCAACCAGAGAUGGUCAUGCAGUGCUUCCAAAAUCCAAAAGUCCCGUUAGCUCAAAUCCAUGGGCAAUGAAAGCUAAUGGCUAUUCCUGUGGUGAUCCCUGUGAUAAAACAGAAAAGACAACUGAUGCUUAUGGGCCCAAGAUAAAUGGCAAUGGCAUCCUAGGACCUUCUCAGGCAAAUAUGGAAAAUAAUAUCCAUCACACAAAAGGAUUAAUGAAUCUCUCAGGAUCUGAAGAUGCUCCUUCCCUUGGCUUUACCAAUCAGAUGUCAGAUUUUUCUAAACACAGUGACAAAUCAGAAACAGAGGUUCCAGAUGAUGAGUAUUAUGAUGAGGAUGAUCACAAUGAAGUUGUCCAGUAUCUGUUGGAUGUUGUAGAUGAGGAAGCCCAGAACCUCUUAAAUCGUAAUAAUGCAACUUCAGAGGCUCAGAGUCUUCUACAUCUCAAGAAGGCCUCAUCAGAAGAUCACCUGCCAGUAGAGAUGAACGGAAAGCUGACGGAAGAUAAGUCUGAAGACACAGACUGUGACGGUUCGUCUUUACCUGAAGAUUUUUCAGAGCCAGCACACAUAAAUGGCUGUGAAGACUAUUCUGAAGUAAAAGCCAUGCCAGAAAGAUCCCCUCCACAACCUCCCUUGAGCCAAGCAGAUGAAGAUGAAAUCACAUGGGGAAGUGAUGAACUGCCAGUUGAAUCAGUCAGCCAAGAACAUGUAAAUAAAG